AUGUCCACUCCCGCUUACCCCCUUGUCUGCCUCGGCAACCCCCUUCUUGACAUCCAGGUCAACGUCGAUGACGCCUACCUCAAGAAGUACGACCUCAAGGCCAACGAUGCCAUUCUUGUUGAGGAUAAGCACAUGCCCAUUUUCGAUGAGGUUGUCAAGCUCGACAAUGUCGCCUACAUUGCCGGUGGUGCUGCCCAGAACGCCGCCCGAGGAGCUGCCUACGUCCUCCCCGAGAACUCUGUCGUCUACUUUGGCUCUGUUGCUGCUGACCAGUACAUGGACGAGCUCCUCAAGGAGAACGACAAGGCUGGAGUCACUUCUAAGUACCAGGUCCACGGCAAGGACUCCGGUCUGGCCACUGGUAAGUGUGCUGCUCUGAUCACCGGCCAGGACCGAUCUCUGGUCACUGACCUCAACGCUGCCAACCACUUCGAGCUUGAGCACCUCAAGAAGCCCGCCAACUGGGACAUUGUUGAGAAGGCCAAGGUCUACUACAUUGGAGGCUUCCACCUCACCGUGUGCCCUCCCGCCAUCCAGGCCCUCGUUGAGCACGCCGCUGAGACCAACAAGAUUGCCAUCAUGAACUUCUCUGCUCCCUUCCUGUGCCAAUUCUUCAAGGAACCUCUUGACGCUGCUGUCCCCUACCUCGACUACGUCAUCUGCAACGAGUCCGAGGCCGAGGCCUACGCCGAGUCCCACGACCUCAAGACCAAGGAUGUCGCCGAGAUCGCUCAGCACAUUUCCAACAUUGAGAAGAAGAACACCCAGCGAAAGCGAAUUGUUCUCGUCACUCAGGGUCUCGAGCCCACCAUUGUUGCUACCCAGGGUGCCUCCCAGGUCCAGAAGUUCAACGUUGUUGAGCUCGACAAGUCUAAGAUCAAGGACACCAACGGUGCCGGUGAUGCUUUCGCCGGUGGCUUUGUCGGUGCUCUCGUUGAGGGCAAGUCUCUCGAGGAGGCCAUCAAGGUUGGCCAGUGGCUCGCCGCUGAGUCCAUCCAGCUCCUCGGACCCUCUUUCCCCUACCCCAAGAAGUCUCCCCAGUAA